UCUCAUUCUGCGGAAGUGACGAGUACGUGGUGUAACUGAAAAAUUAAAUUCCAACCGCGAACUGGAGAAACCGGUUCGAAGUGGAACCUAUAAAACCGCGCUUUGUCCCUCGUAUUCAAUCUCCUAAAACCCCCCACUACGCCUCAACGCCCAAAUCCUCUCCAAAACCCUAAUUCAUACUCCUUCUCCCUCUUCAUCGCCUCUCUGCUUCCUCUCUCUCUCUCUCUCUCUCUAACCGGUGCUUCAAUGGCGACACAAUCGCUGGACGAAGCCACCGCCAAGGAAGUCCUCCGACAGGUGGAGUUUUACUUCAGUGACAGCAAUCUGCCGCGGGACAAGUUCUUAUCCAGCACUGUUGCAUCCAGCGAAGAUGGCUUGGUAAGCCUGGCUCUGAUAUGCUCAUUCAAGAAAAUGAAGGGUUACUUGAAGCUGCAAGAGGCCAAUCAGGACGAAAUUCCUGAGGAUACGUUGAAGGCAGUUGCUGAUACUCUUGCAAAGUCUACUUCUCUUAAACUCUCUGAAGAUGGUAAAAGAGUUGGUAGGAUUGGUCCUCUAAUGAAAACAGAAGAGUUAGUGGAACAAUUGGAUGGAAGAACGAUUGCUGUAUCACCGUUGCCUUAUGAUGUGAACCGUGAUGCAUUGAGGACAUUCUUCAGUCAAUAUGGCCAGGUGACUAGUCUGAGGCUGCCUAACCAUCUAGCUAGCAAAAAGGUAUUGUGUGGCACUGCUUUGGUUGAGUUUUCGACUGAUGAAGAGGCUGACAAGGUCUUAGGUCAAAGUUUGGAAUUUGAAGGUGUACAGCUAGAACUGAAACCAAAGUACACAAAGGGCCUGAUCGUUGCUUUUAAACUGAAAAGCAUAUCAACGGGAGAUGAGGCAAAGCAGAAUGGUAACCAGGAAUCUGUUAAAGAUGGCGAGCCUGUCUCUAAAGCAGCUGACGAAAUGCCUACAACUUCCGUCGAGAAAACUACUGAAGAAGCUCAGGGGAAGUCUUCAGAAAACGAUGCUGAUAGUAACAAGGAAGAAGGUGCUGCUAUGGAUACUGAGAAGGUUGAUAAUGAAAAUGUCUCUGGAAACGAGGAAACAAAGAAUGAUGAGGAGGAAGAGUCGAAUAAAGAUUCUGUUGAGAAGGAUGUGAAACAGGGCAACAGAUUUGACCUUGCUGCAUGCAAGAACGACAAGAACGUCAUGUUGCGUGAGGAUCUCAAAGCUGCCUUCUCUAAAUUUGGCGCUAUUAAGUUUAUUGAUUUUAAAAUUGGAGAGGAUUCCGGAUAUUUGAGAUUCGAGAAACCCGAAGCAGGUCAGAAGGCUCGUGCUGCUGCAAUCUUGGCAGAGGAGGGAGGGCUGAUUGUUAAAAACUUUGUUGUCUCUUUAGAACCAGUAUACGGUAAACAAACUCAAUCCUUCACCCAUCUUUAACUAGUUAAUCGUUCGAUACUUGCUUUUGUUGCUUUAUAUAUGAGAGGGUGAAUGAACAAAUUGCCAUCAUAGCAUGAAGGAUGAUUUUUGAACAGUCCCUCCUUCCAGGCUUAGUCUGUUGUGUAACUUAAGUAAAACGCCUAGUAAUCAUCAGUUGGGAAGAUGUAGCAAUCCUCUAGUUAUUUUCAGCAUCUCAGACUUUCGAUUAGUCAAACUAUAAGUGUACAACAUUCUGUGUGGCAUGUAGGUGAUAAGGAGGCAGAGUAUUGGGCUCAGGUCCGAGCCAAUCAAGACAACCGCAGGGUUAGUUUCAGCAACCGAGGAGGAAGGGGAGGCAGAUUCCACCGUGGUGGUAAGCAUCCUCGUUCGAGGGAUAACAAUUCGGGAAGAGGUGGUCGUAACAAGUUCCAAAAGGUUGGAGCCUGAGUUUGAAUCUCGGUUAAAACUAGCAAUGCCUCUUUAUGAUCUCUGUCCCCUAUGCUGUGUUGUUGUCUGAUGGUAGUGGGUGUGUGGGGAUUGAACUUUUUGUUUUGUAAACUUGGUGAAGUUAUUCGGAGAUAAAUUUUGCCUUUAUUAGCCUUUAUAAUGCAUGGUAUUAUUUGAAGUUUAUUGCUGGCACAAUUUCCUUCUCUGUGAUGGAUGUGCUAUUGACUAUUGCCUGUGUAGUUGUGAAUGUCAGAUUUAUUAUAACCAUAGGUUCGUCAUAAAAUGUUCUCAGUCGAAUACUAUAUGGAAAUGGGUUUAUAAUAGUGCAGGAAAACUAUUAUGGGAG